GUCUGGUUGGUAAUUUCGCCAUUUGUUUUCGUUGGCUGUGAACCUGUGAUGUGAUCGAGAUUGUUAUGAAAACUUGAUGAAUAAAAGUAAUUAGUGCGAUAUAGUAAUAAUUUCUGGUAAUUGAGCUAUUUUCGGGUCGAGUUUUAUAUGGUGGCAUUAAAACCAAUCGCGAUAUUACCCAUUACAUGUUACGCGAAAGUGAUACAAUCCUGCACUUUAAGCAAUUUCAUCACUUCAACAUCUGUUAAACUCUGGCGUUUGCCUCGAUGCCUGAAGAGCAAACACAAUUUAAUAAAUCGGUUAAAUCGUGUUCUGAAAUAUUAGUCCAUAAAAAGGUACCAUCUUGUGCGUCGACAUCUAGCGCGUCUGAAAAUUCAUUCUUCGUUCCAGAAGUAGAAUUCGCAUCUGUUUCUGGUAACGAUUCGGGUGUAGAUUCACCUAGAAAUUGCGAAAACCAACCACUUCUGGGCAGGAUGCCGUGCGAAAUGAUGUGUAAUAUGUUUCCUGAUGAUCCUGAGUUUUCAGAGAUUGUCAAACAAGCGGAAAUUGCCAUUGAUAAUGGCAUUUACCCUGAACGAAUUUAUCAAGGUUCGAGUGGAAGCUAUUUCGUUAAAAAUCCCUCUGGUAAAAUAAUAGGAGUUUUCAAACCGAAAAACGAAGAACCAUAUGGUCGUUUGAAUCCUAAAUGGACUAAAUGGAUGCAUAAAUUAUGUUGUCCGUGCUGUUUCGGACGAUCGUGUCUUAUACCGAAUCAAGGUUAUUUAUCAGAAGCUGGUGCUAGUCUCGUCGAUACGAAACUCGAUUUAAAUAUUGUUCCUAAAACGAAAGUGGUCAAGUUAGUCAGCGAAACGUUCAAUUACCCUAAGAUAGAUCGAGGAAAAACUAAAAUGAAACAACAUAUUAACGAGCAUUUUCCAAAACUGGGACGUCGUUUUAAUAGAUUAGGUUUAAAACCUAAAAUCGGUUCGUUUCAAUUAUUCGUCGAAGGAUUCAAAGACGCUGAGUAUUGGAUUAGACGUUUUGAAGUUCAACCUCUUUCGCAGCCGUUGCAAAAGAAAUUCCAACAAUAUUUCGAACGUUUAGUAGUCCUAGAUUACAUAAUUCGUAAUACCGAUCGAGGAAAUGAUAAUUGGUUGAUUAAAUACGUUCAACCUGAUGUUUCUCCUAUUGCCAGUUCUUCGUCGUUACAGGAAAACGAAUUGGAAAAUGUUUCUGACUGGAAUGUGAUCGAACGACCGGAUAUUCAAAUAGCUGCAAUAGAUAAUGGUUUAGCGUUCCCAUUCAAGCAUCCGGAUUCUUGGAGGGCUUAUCCUUAUCAUUGGGCUUGGCUGCCUUUAGCCAAGAUACCGUUUAGUGAGGAGAUACGUGCGCAUGUAUUACCAUUAUUAUCAGACAUGAACUUCGUUCAAGAGCUGUGUGAUGAUUUAUAUCAAUUAUUCAAGCAAGAUAAAGGCUUCGAUCGUCAUUUAUUUGAACGUCAAAUGAGCGUUAUGAGGGGACAAAUUCUAAAUUUAACUCAAGCUCUCAAAGAUGGCAGGAGUCCUUUGCAGCUUGUUCAAAUGCCUGCUGUCAUCGUCGAAAGAUCGAAAGGCCAUGUCGGUACAACAUCACGUUUUCCAUCAUUCAGCGACACAUUCACGCAGCGCUUCCAAUAUAAAAGCCCGGUAUUUUCGUGGUGUUGAUUUUGUAUUAUAUGUAAGGUUUCAGCAUCGUUAUACGAAUGAAAAUGAAUUACUUAUUUUAUAACGAAAUUGGUAGUUAAUCUAACUAUAAUAUCUCCGAUUCAGAGGGUUAUGUGAUGAACGACUUAUCGAUCGUUUCGUUUGUCUACCAUAAAAAUAUAUUCUACGUUUUGAAAAAAUUGCUAUCGAUUUAAAACUUCGUUCUUGAAUUGUUUUUCUUGUCAAGUACUAGUCAAAAUAUUUUAAGAGCGUGACAUCCUAAAAUUAAGAGUAUUCAUUACAUUUACAUUUUACCAUAAUGAGUUUUCUGUUGAAUUUCCUCUCUCUAUCUGUUUGUUAUUUCGUUUGUUUUUCUUUUUUUGCUUUUUUAUUUGAUAAUUUAUUUUUUUUAAAUGCUAGUUAUUCGGUGUAAUUAUUCCUAUACAUUCUGAUUGGGUCGCGAUGAGACUUUUUAGUGUGGUACCAGUGAACUUAUUAUUCACCUUGAUGAACUAGCACUUGUGAAAACUUUGGGUUAUUUCGAAUUAUUUUAUUAAAGAAAAUAAUAAUACGUAUCGAAUAGAAUUAUUCAUACAUGAAGGGAAAUGAUUCCAGAUUGUUCUGCAAAUAUUAUUAAUACGUCUUGUCUAUGUCUAUUAUACGGAUAAUUGUAAUGCGUGUGAAUGAGUACAGACUUCAUGCCAUAUAACCCUCAUUUUCAUUCAUAUUAUUUCAAAGUUUAUUUAUUUAUUGAUUUUGUUUUCAUUUAAAUUUAAAAUAAAUGUUUUACAAAAGUUGGGUCAAUUUAUGUUUUCUUAUCGAAUGUUGAUUUAAAUUACAUUCCCAUGUUGUUACCCUCGUACAUAUUGUAUCAUUGUUGUAUUUUAUCGAAAUUCCAAAUCAAAAAAUAAUUAGCAUUUGUAUUCAAAUCCCAAUGUAUUUCUGUUUCAUUUUUUUUUCGAGCACCAUUAUGCGCAUUUUUUGUUUCUUGAAUUUUGAUUUCUUGAUUUUUUUCCCUUUCGUGUACAUAAUAUGUGUAUAAUUGCACCGUGUAAUUCCUGUCGGGCUCUUGAAAAUAUUUUUGUAUUCCUGUAGUAACGUAAUUUAUGUCUUUCACACACUGUUUUAAUUUUUUUUUUCGAAUUUUAACCGACAUCAUAAGAAAGUAAUCGUGUACAAACGGUAGCUUUGUAUGUAAUUUGUAAUUAAUAUCGUUUUAUGUAUUUGUUAUAUAAUUUUAAAAUAAAUUCGAUGAGUUGAUACUCGAUUUUGAU